AUGUCGGAUCCGCUGUCGGUGGUAGGAAGCGCUGCUGGAAUCAUCUCUCUCGGUAUCCAGGUCAUCGACAACAUCAUCAUUUACUGCGACUCAUGGAAGAGCUACGACAAGGAUAUCAGAGAUCUUGCCCACAAAGCCAGUGGCCUAUCAAAAACCUUGAAACACCUCGAGGAUGUCCUUCAAGGUCGGCAGAAUUUUGACUCGUUGUCUCAGAAGCAGAUUGAAGACUUGAUGACUGCGAGUAAAGUCACGAUUGAGAAACUCAAAGAGAUGACAGGCAAAAUACCUUUUCCAUCUGGUGGUUCGAAAUCGGCCUUCGCGAAACGUGCACUCUAUCCACUGCGGAAGCACACGUUGGUCGAUGCUGCGAGGAUGCUGGAUAGCUUGCAGGCCAACAUCAAUACAGCACUGAGUGUACUUCAAGUGGCGCCAAGUCUGCUACGAGCGGUGCAAGAUGAGAAUUGCUAUGCAGAGGCAGCGCUAAAAGGAGACCGCACAAUGUGUCAGUCGACCUUUGCCCAGAAUGUCCAAAGGUCUCCCGCAACAGCUGCGAACCAUUCACCUGUUUGCGUCUGCCAAAAUCUCAGGAACCAGUCCCAAGUCCUUAAAAAGAAGUUGCAGCUAUGUAGCAGAUUUUUGAGUUUCUCAAUAACACUGACAUUGUCAAUAACCAAGGGAGCUGGUGGCUGUUCAAUCAGUCCUACGCUGACCUACCAAGGAAUCACCCCAUAUGGAUUCAAGGAACUGAUGUAUGCCUACUUUCGCGACACAAGAAAAGGCGAAGGAACAUACUCCGAGUGUUGCCACUACCUCAUUCAGAACAAACUUGUUCGGCCGUCGGACAUCGAAGCAGAUGGGAGCACGAUGUUGGAUGUGAGGUUCUCCCACGGUACAUAG